AUGCCCAGUUCCUCUCCCACAGUAUUUAACAGGGACCCAGGGAAGAAAGAUACUCAGAGAACCGACUGGUUCGCAACAUCCAGCAUCGCACUUGGGCGGACAGCAGCAGAACGCUUCAUCAUGGCCAACACGGGUUUGGUACAAAUUGCCCUCGUGCUGCUCUUCUCCACCUCCACCGUCUCUCUCACCUGUCGAUCGCUUCAGACGGCCGACGUGGAGCAGAGCCUGAAUCGGCUGGACAGGAUGAAGGGAAAAUCUCUUCUGUCCUGUCUGGAGCACAGGAAGGACUUCCAAUUCCCACGAGCGGUAGUCGAAGCCGGACUGCUCCAGAAGGGGAAUCGGGCGGUGGUCGUCCAUGAGCUGCUCCAGCAGAUCUUCACCGUCUUCAGCCAAACUCUUUCCCAAACCGGUUGGGAUCAGGCCGAGGUCGAGAAUUUCCUCCACGGACUUCAUCGGCAGCUGGAAGAGCUGGAGGUGUGCUUGGAGGAAGACACGGAUCCGAGCCAGGCCUCCGUGGGGAGCGGCAUUCUCCGACUGCGCCUGAAGAGUUACUUCAGAGGCAUAAGUCUCUACCUGAGGGACAAAGAAUACAGCAGCUGCGCCUGGGAGAUCGUGCGGGCGGAAAUCCGGAGGUGCAUCUUCCGGCUCCUGCAAACUCUCAGGAACUAG